AUGGAGGAUUACGGCGGGAGCGACGAUGAGUACUGUUACUAUGAUGACGACGAUCAGGAGGAGUCAAUGGAUGGCAUCGAGAAUGAGGAUUCCGAUGUCCUAGUGUCAGCGCGCAAGGAUUCCACAACGAAGGUGAUUACAAAAGAGUCUCUCUUUGCUGCACAGGGGGAGGACCUGAGGAGAGUAAUGGAGUUGCUAUCACUUAGAGAACACCAUGCCCGGACUCUGUUGAUCUACUACCGUUGGGACGUGGAGAAAUUGCUUUCUGUGAUGGUAGAAAAGGGGAAAGCGUACUUGUAUUCAAAUGCAGGUGUCAUGGUGGAUGAUCAUAUAAAUAGCAACAUUCGUCGGUGUUCAUCUUCUUCAGUGAGUUGUGAAAUAUGCAUGGAGGACGUGCCUGCUGAUAAUGCCACGAGAAUGGACUGCAGUCAUUGCUUCUGUAACGAUUGUUGGACCGGACAUUUCAUUGUGAAAAUAAACGAGGGUCAGAGCAGGCGUAUCCGGUGCAUGGCACACAAAUGCCAUGCUAUAUGUGAUGAAGCUGUUGUACGAAAUCUGGUCAGCAAAAGGCAUCCUGACUUGGCAGAGAAAUUUGAGCGUUUUCUUUUAGAGUCAUAUAUCGAGGAUAAUAAAAUGGUAAAAUGGUGCCCUAGUGCUCCCCACUGCGGGAAUGCUAUUAGAGUUGAGGAAGAUGAGGUUUGUGAGGUACAAUGCUCCUGUGGGUUACAGUUUUGCUUCAGUUGCUUGUCAUCAACACACUCACCUUGUUCGUGUAAGAUGUGGGAGCUUUGGACUAAGAAGUGCCGAGAUGAAUCUGAAACGGUUAAUUGGAUCACAGUUCAUACCAAGCCUUGUCCAAAGUGUCACAAGCCAGUUGAGAAAAAUGGUGGCUGCAACCUUGUGGCCUGUGUCUGUGGCCAAGCAUUUUGCUGGCUCUGUGGUGGAGCUACUGGGAGAGACCAUACAUGGUCUAGAAUAGCUGGUCACAGUUGUGGUCGUUAUAAAGAGGAUGCGGCGAAAAAAACUGAGCGAGCUAAACGGGAUCUCUAUCGCUAUAUGCACUAUCACAAUCGUUACAAAGCUCAUACUGACUCAUUUAAACUUGAAAAUAAUCUCGAGGAGACCAUCAAAGGGAGGGUGUCGAAAUCCGAGCAGAGGGAAUCAGAAUUACGAGACUUCAGCUGGGUUAUUAAUGGUCUAAAUAGACUCUUCAGAUCAAGGCGGGUCCUUUCUUACUCGUACCCCUUUGCAUAUUAUAUGUUUGGGGACGAAUUGUUUGACGAUGAGAUGACAAAGGAGGAAAGAGAAAUAAAACAGAAUCUAUUUGAAGAUCAGCAGCAACAGCUUGAGGCAAAUGUUGAGAAACUCUCCAAGUUCCUCGAAGAGCCCUUUGACCAGUACAGCGAUGAUAAAAUAACGGAGAUAAGGAUGCAGAUCAUUAAUCUGUCUGUUGUAACAGAUAACCUCUGCAAAAAAAUGUAUGAGUGCAUUGAGAAUGAUUUGUUGGGUUCUCUUCAGCGGGGCACUCAUAACAUAGCCCCAUACAAGUCAAAGGGCAUUGAGAAAGCAUCAGAACUUUCCACGUGUUGGAGCAAUAAAGCCAGCGAUGCUAGCAAUUACCUAUCAUUCGAUGACAUAUCAAGUGGUGGGACAACAAUUUUAAAACGAGACCGACCAUCAGGGUCUGGGAGUUCGUCGAAUGACAACAGCAGCGAGUGCUCUUUGAGGAAGCGGACGAGGAAGGAGGUCAGUGGAUUCUUUGAUCUAAAUAUGCCAGCAGAGGUCAUAGACAGGAACUGA